UGGUGCCGGCUGCUCUACCCCCCUCCGUCCGUGUAGCGGCUCCAUCUCUUCAUCCGCUCCUCUGCAGCACCGCACUCACACUAGCAGGAGUAAAACCGGGCGCUGCUGCCAGUAUCACCACCGCCAUGGCUCUGACCAACGACCCCAACUACCAGAGACUGGAGCAGUGGUACAAGGCUAAAGCCGGGAGCCUCAACAUGAGGGAGAUGUUUGACGGAGAUACGGACAGAUUCAGCAAGUUCAGCACGACUCUGGAGACUGACGAUGGGGAAAUCCUGCUGGACUACUCCAAGAAUCUCAUCAACCAGGAUGUCAUGGCCAUGCUGCUGGCGCUGGCCAAGUCGAGGGGCGUGGAGGAGGCCAGAGAGAAGAUGUUCUCUGGACACAAGAUCAACUUCACUGAGGGCCGUGCUGUGCUCCACACUGCGCUGCGUAAUCGCUCCAACACGCCGAUCUACGUCGAUGGUAAAGACGUGAUGCCAGAGGUCAACAGGGUUCUGGACAAGAUGAAGGCCUUCUGUCAGAAAGUUCGCAGCGGGGAGUGGAAAGGCUUCAGUGGAAAAAGCAUCACCGACGUGGUGAACAUCGGCAUCGGCGGCUCAGACCUGGGCCCUCUGAUGGUGACGGAGGCUCUGAAGCCAUACUCAGCUGGUGGACCAAACGUGUGGUUUGUCUCCAACAUUGACGGGACUCACCUGGCCAAGACCCUCGCUCAGCUCAACGCAGAGACCACGCUCUUCAUCAUCGCCUCCAAGACGUUCACCACCCAGGAGACGAUCACCAACGCAGAGUCUGCCAGAGACUGGUUCCUCCAGACAGCUAACGAUAAAUCUACUGUGGCCAAACACUUCGCAGCUCUGUCCACCAAUGCGGCUAAAGUGAAGGACUUUGGCAUCGACACAGCGAACAUGUUCGAGUUCUGGGAUUGGGUUGGAGGGCGUUACUCCCUGUGGUCCGCCAUCGGCCUGUCCAUCGCUCUGCACAUAGGAUUUGAAAACUUUGAGCAGCUUCUGGCAGGAGCUCACUGGAUGGACCAGCACUUCUGCAGCGCCCCCCUAGAGCACAACGCGCCCAUCCUGCUGGCUGUUCUCGGCAUCUGGUACGUCAACUUCUUCCAGGCCGAGACUCACGCCCUGCUGCCCUACGACCAGUACAUGCACCGCUUCGCUGCCUAUUUCCAGCAGGGCGACAUGGAGUCCAACGGGAAGUACAUCACCAAAGACGGCAGCCGUGUCAACUAUCACACCGGACCAAUCGUGUGGGGGGAGCCGGGGACCAACGGGCAGCACGCCUUCUACCAGCUCAUCCACCAAGGGACUCGAAUGAUUCCUGCCGACUUCCUCAUUCCUGCCCAGUCUCAGCAUCCAAUCAGAGACAACCUCCACCACAAGAUCCUGGUGGCGAACUUCUUGGCUCAGACCGAAGCUCUGAUGAAGGGAAAAACCUCAGACGAGGCACGUAAAGAGCUGGAGGCCAGCGGAAUGAAAGGGGACGCUCUGGAGAAGCUGCUGCCUCACAAAGUUUUCCAGGGAAACAAGCCGAGCAACUCCAUUGUCUUCAAGAAGCUGACCCCGUUCAUACUGGGAGCUCUGGUUGCCAUGUACGAGCACAAGAUCUUUGUGCAGGGUGUCAUGUGGGACAUCAACAGCUAUGACCAGUGGGGAGUUGAACUGGGUAAGCAGCUGGCAAAAAAGAUCGAACCGGAGCUGCAGGAUGACUCGGAGGUCACAUCUCAUGACUCAUCCACCAACGGCCUCAUCAACUUCCUGAAGAAGAACUUCGCCUGAACCCGUCACCCUGCUCCUCUGCCGCCGCUGUGUAGUCCUUUGUCAUUGGCUGAAUCAUGUGACCUGUGGAACGAACACUGUAUGACUGUUGGUCUGAGCUGACGUGACAUGUGUUGCAUUUAUCUCACCAAAUGUGUGUCCCUGUAACGUGCAGAUCUUACUGUGGGUGGCAACAACAACACCCACCCCCACUUUAACAUAGGCAGCAGCAUCUUCAAAAUAAAAGUCCUGUUUGUCACUGGA